AUGCGAAUUUCAGAUGCUUUACGAAGUUUUGGAAUUCUUAUGAAGAUCAGCAGAAUAAUCACACAGCCAUUCACAAGAUCCUUAGAGCAGGGAGCUGCUACUACUGUCUAUUGCGCUGCGUCACCUGAAGUUUCUCAAGUGAGCGGCAAGUACUGGGAAGAGUGUUGGGAUGAUGAAAGGGACUUGAGUGUGCAACUGGCGCGGGAUGAGGAGCUUCAGGAUGCGCUUUGGGAAAAGACCAAUCAACUGUUGGACAAAUAUGAGGCUAGUCGUAAGCCAGUCAGCAAUUCACCUGAUACUGCAAAUUAG